AUGGCAUUUCGCGGAACAGAAAGUUUUAUGGACUUUGAAUGGCAGGGCCACGGUCCCCUUGAUCCCACCUCGCCCUACCAUAAACGUGUCGUCGAGAUGCAAGCCAAAAAGCGAACCCAUAGCGAGUUUGAAUCUCCUGAGAAACCGACCAUGCCAGCCCUUCGCGAACCGAACAAUCAACCGUUCUUCUUCUCAGGAACCCCAGUGCCGCCGCCUGAUGCCUCUUCUUUUCGAACACCCUCAUUCACAACCCCUCGGAAACCAUUCGAUAUUGACUUCUCAUCCCCUCCCGAGAAUUCCUCCCCGCUGGCACCAACCGACAACGAGGACACACCAGACGCUACUCCGGUGCCCAUUGAGUUCAAGAGUAGCCCCUCAAAAACAGAGAACAAGAGAAACUCAUUGUUUGGUCUCUACGGCAGAUUCGCACAAAGCCCGGGGAGAGGAGAGAUCAGAAAACCCACCAGCGAUGCCGUUGCACGAAGGAUCCACAAGAAGCGACGGCGCGCUCAGCAAUUCGACAGACAAUUGGUUGUAGGGAGAAAGGGCUCCUUGGACGAUAGUGAUGACGAGAGUGCCCCAAGUCCGAUUGAACCAGAGCUAAAGAAACCGCUGGCGACAGAAGCAGGAUGGAUCACCGGCCUGUUCACAUUCAUCCACACGUACCCCGAUGCACCUUCCAUCAUUGCCAAAUACCUUCAAGUUUUCUUCAAUGCUGCAAUCCUCGGAGGCUGUCUCUAUAUGUUUUGGUCAUUCUACGCCACCAUUCAGGCAGACGUGGACCGAGCGAGCGAGGAUGCAAUGGCUGAAGUUUUGGCAGAAAUGGCGGCGUGCUCCAAGAACUUCAUCGAAAAUCGAUGUGCCGCCGACACCAGACUGCCAGCUCUGGAGGCUGUCUGCAGUAAUUGGGAGUUGUGCAUGAAGCGGGAUCCUAGCGCCGUGAAGCGGGCAAGGUUGAGUGCACACACAUUCGCCGAAAUUUUCAACAGCUUCGUCGAGCCCAUCAGCUUGAAAACCAUGAUCUUCACCAUUACACUGGUUGUGCUGGGUUUGGUGGUCAACAACGCGACAUUUACCCUAUACCGGCGACAACAAGAGAGCCAGCAUGUCUAUCGGGCACCGUCUGGAUCAUAUAUGCAUCCUCAGCAACAUCCUGUACCGAUGGGUCAAUUUGCGCUCCCUUCAGGUGCAGCUUAUGCACAACAUCCUUAUGUGGGUUGGCACGGAGAUCCCGGCUAUGCCGGCCAACAGCAGCUAGAAUAUCCUCGAAGUCCCAGCAAAGAGCAUCGAUCACGAAGCAGAAGUCCGGAGAAGAAAAGGAUCCAACUCUGA